UGUGGUCUCCAGGACAGAGCUAGUCCGUCCCCCGCCACCCUGCCGGAGUCCCCUGGUCACAACUCUCCUGGUAGCUCCUUACUGCUGGGUCUGAAGAGGGUGUCUGUGUGGCUGGUCGACUGCAGGAAAACACCAGGGCAGAGUGGAACUGUGAGAGAAGGACACGAGGAGGGAGAUGGAGAUUUGAUUUCAUCAAGGGACACCCCUAAUUGUUGUUCUCUCAGUGGGAGGGGCUUAUCAUCUGGGGAGCCUCAACAACAUCCUGUUGCUGACAAGACAGAGAAGAGUCUCUCCAGAUCACAACAUCUCAAGAAACACCAGCAGGGACUGCUGCUCUGCUGCUCUGACUGUGGGAAGAGUCUCACAAGCCAGAGUGGCUUCAUUAUUCAGUGUGGGAAGAGUUUUGCUUCUUCUAACACCUUCAAAUCUAAUGUAAGAAUUCAUACAGGGGAGAAGCCUUACCCCUGCCUUGAUUGUGGGAAAAGCUUUGUUAGUACAGGAGUCCUAACUAUACACCAGCGGACACACACUGGAGAGAAGCCUUAUAGCUGUGAUCAGUGUGGGAAGAGCUUCAAUCAGUCAGUCCACCUGACUACACACCAGCGAACACACACUGGAGAGAAGCCUUAUAGCUGUGAUCAGUGUGGGAAGAGCUUCGUUCAGUCAGUCCACCUGACUACACACCAGCGAACACACACUGGAGAGAAGCCUUAUAGCUGUGAUCAGUGUGGAAAGAGCUUUGCUGUAUCAGAAAAACUAACCAUACACCAGCGAACACACACUGGAGAGAAGCCUUACAGCUGUGAUCAGUGUGGAAGGGGCUUUUCUCAAUCAGUAACCCGGAAUAAACACCAGCGAACACACACAGGAGAGAAGCCUUAUAGCUGUGAUCAGUGUGGAAAGAGCUUUGCUGUAUCAGAAAAACUAACUAUACACCAGCGAAUACACACAGGAGAGAAGCCUUAUAGCUGUGAUCACUGUGGGAAGAGCUUUGCUGUAGUUUCCUCCCUGAUUAGACACCAGCUAACACACACUGGAGUGAGAACUUAUGUCUGUCUAUGUGGGAAGAGCUUUGGUCUAGCUUCCUCCCUUACUAUACACCAGCGAACACACACUGGAGAGAAGCCUUAUAGCUGUGAUCAUUGUGGAAAGGGCUUUUCUCAAUCAGUAAACCGGAAUAUCCACCAGCGAACACACACAGGAGAGAAGCCUUACAGCUGUGAUCAUUGUGGAAAGAGCUUUGCUCUAGCUUCCACCCUGACUGCACACCAGCGAACACACACUGGAGAGAAGCCUUAUAGCUGUGAUCAGUGUGGAAAGAGCUUCAAUCAGGCAUGCAACCUGACUAAACACCAGCGAACACACACUGGAGAGAAGCCUUAUAUGUGAUCAGUGUGGGAAGCGUUUCAGUCAGUUAUGGACCCUUUAUUCACACCAGUGAAGACACACUGGAGAAGGAACCUUAUGUCUGUCUAGGUGGAAAGAGCUUUGUUUAUUUAGGGCCAAUGAGAAAACACCAGAAAGCACAAACAUGCUGUAUUUCGUCUCCCUCCCUUCUGACACCGGUUCCAGAUCCCUAAAUAAAGGAUCAGUAGAAAACAUCUAGUGAACAGUCAUAUCCAUCUCCCAUUCUUAACUCUUUGGGAUAGCGGGAUGCCUCGUCAACAUCCGGUGAAAUUGCAGAUCGCGAAAUUCAAAAUGACAUAAAUAGAACUAUUAACAUUCAUGAAAAUAAAGUCAGUUUAGCUGGCGCGCUUGACUCAGUAAUCCACCGGUUUCCCUCGUUGAAAAAUGCAGACAAAGAAGUUCUAAAAGCUAUCGGCAAACUUUGUCGAAACUAGUCAAACAACGUGUCUAUAUCAUCCUCAGGUUGUCUAAAAUGUAAUUUUUCUUUCCGUAAUAUUUCAUACGGAAAGGACUGUGUUCAAUUUGAACAUCAAAUUAGCAAGAGCGUACCUUCUCCAUUGCGCGCAAAACCACUGAUGUGACCCUAGCAGUCACCAGACUCUAAGUCAAAAUACUAAUUCAUUUUUCAAAACAAUAGCCUCAAAACCUUGAAUAAAGACAGUUGACAGCUAGUAGAAGCUAUAUCAAUUGCAAUCUGGUGGACGGACAUAGGGGUUUUCUAUAGCUUUACAAAAUAAAAGCCUGUGGUUGAAUUUCUUUUUUUUCUGGUUGGAUUUUCUUUGGGUUUUUGCCAGCCAUGUCAGUUCUGUUUUACUCACAGACAUUAUUUUGACAGUUUUGGAAACUUUAGAGUGUUUCCUAUCCAAAUCUAUAUGUAUAUCCUAGCUUCUGGGCCUGAGAAACAGGCAGUUUACUUUGGGCACGUUUUUCCUCCAAACGUCUCAAUACUGCCCCCGUUCCCAUAAAGGUUAAACAGUGCCUUAGUCUGAUCACCAUGGUAACCUCUGUGGAGCAUAAUAUGCAGCUCUGAUCCAGCAUCAGGUCUCCCCUGUGUCUAUGUAAUAUCACACAUUGGGAUCUAAAUGGAUAAAUGUUAUCAUAACAUGUCAUAGUGAACCUGUGUGUGGGGGAAAUUGAUUAAUACAUUCAAUCCAUUAUCUUCUAAACAAGAAGUUAUCACUUAAAUUGUAUAUUUUAUAUCUAUAUUGAUUUCAAAUGCUCCUUAUUACAUUUAUAAUGUAAUAAAACUGGUAAAUGUAAUAUCUUGUUGGUUAAUGAUAAAAUGUUGAAUUGAUGUCGUAAUAACUUUUCCACUUAAUGUAAUAAGUUACGUUACCAGUCAGGUGAGUAACAACUUUUUUAAUGAAUAACAUAAUGACUUAAACCGAUCAUGUAAUAACACCUAAACCAAUGUUUAAUGUGUUACUUCAGCAAUGUUAAUGCACAUACCACCCUCCACCAAUAACAAACCCACACACAAACCUAUGCCCUUGUACUCACACACAAACACACACACAAGCACACAGUUCGACACACAUUGAUAAAGAAUUAUUAUUUUAAAAUUCAUCUGUAUUUCGAAUUGUCAAUGAGACAGGGGGCUCGGUUGGGCAAGAGGAAGAAGGAUUGGGAAACUAACUGCAAGUAAUAAUAACCUGAACUCCGAUUAGCAGAAACAUCUUUGUAUUAGCAACUAUUACGUAUUAGUUUAUAUUGUAUUAAAGUUAAGGGGUGAACCAUAGUCGGGGAUAAAAGAGGAAAACACCAUCUUGAGAACUGAGUGUCUUGUUUGUAAACUGCUGUAAGUGUAAACUCCGGGUUGCAAACUAUAUUAAACAAACUAACCUCUGAUCAAAGAAGUUUCCUGU